AUGAUAACCAAAGGCAGUCGCGAACAGGGCGUGUCUAGAUUCCUAGCUCGAAGGCUGCAUCCGGGCCACCGCAGGGAUCAAGUUACGGCAGGGGCGUGCGAAUGUCAAGGAACCCUAUACGCGGUGCGUCACUCUCGAUGUUCAGUCGCAGCCGACAUGUCUGCGCGCGCGCUCGCUUGCGUUUGCCGCCUCGCACUCGUUGCCAACCUGCUCGCCGCCGCUACCGCCGCGAUACUCUCAAGUGGAAAAGACAUCGCAUGCGUCAAGGACGGACUCUAUGUGGAUUAUGAUACCGAAUGCCGUGAAUACAUACGUUGUACAGCUGGCUCAGUGCGUGGCCGCUACGUCUGCGGUCAGGAACGAAUAUUCAGUGAAGCUGCAGGAGCGUGCGUACCGCGCAGUAGCCAUCCGUGUACGCGCCUCGUGUGUGCUCCGGAAGACACCCUCGCCUACGCGACCCCGGGGACGACGUGUCGUCAUUACUACAGAUGUGUUAAUGGGACAGCUAUUGAUCAUGCAUGCCCCCCCGGAUCGUGGUUCGACCUCGUGACACAAGCGUGCUCUCGCGGAGCGGGAACCUGCUAUGAGCCACUGUGUGCAGGGCUACCAGAUGGAAACUACCCGGACUCGUCGCAUGAAUGUCAUCGUACGCUGCACUGCCGUGGUGCAGAGCUACGCGCGGUAGUGUCCUGCAACGGAGUGUGCGUUAACACAUGUCCACCCCCACGUGCCGCCGCGGUACCGCUUCCCGCCGGUGAUGCCGAUUUUUGUUCAGACGAAGCUUGCUCAUCUUUGUGUCAGAAAACAUCGGACGGCACCUAUGCAGAUCGCUCGACAGGGUGUCGCGAGUACUUUGUAUGUGAAUCUCAUCGAGUCAUCCGGCGAGGUGUUUGCGAGCCUGGCUUACUCUUCUCGGGGAGUGGCUGUGAGCCGGCACAAGAAACACUCUGCCCACCCCCGGGACGAAGCCCUUGCUUCAACAGGCAGAAUGGCCUGUAUAGAGAUUGGCGUGACUGUUCAUCGUGGUACGAGUGCAAUCGUGAAAGAGUCACGUCUCGAGGAUCAUGCGAAUCCGGUCUCGUGUUCGACGGGGUUAAAUGUGUUCCAAAGCAAUCAUUUUAUUGUGAAGGACCCAGACGAUCCUCAGAAUGCGAAGGGAUGCCGAGCGGAACUUAUCAAGAUUUAGGUUCAAAUUGUACUCAUUAUUUUCACUGUGAAGGGCCACUAAAAAUAAGUCUAGCUUGUCCACCCGGACAGAUUUAUGACGGUGCAAAGUGUUCUCCUGCUUCUCAGUAUUUAUGUCCAAGUUUAGAACGUGAUUCGUGCUAUGGUCGAGCCGAUGGUCGGUACCGAGCCGCCGACGCCGGUUGCCGAGGAUUCUACUCAUGUGUCAAUGGUGAAAAAGCGGUAUAUGCGUGCCAGCAGGGACUCGUUUUCGAUGGCGAAUCAUGCGUGCCAGCGCAUCCAUCAAUCUGUCCAAGCGAAGAUUAUUCGUGCUCUGGCCUUGCAGACGGUUACCACGCAGAGCUAGACUCAAAUUGUCACAGAUAUUUUUACUGCGAAGGUGGAGAUCGACUUGCCACCUUAUCAUGCCUCGGAGGAAAGAUAUUUGAUGGUCAGGCUUGCGUUGAAUCUACGAUUCAUAUAUGUGGGGCGGCUCGAAAAUCUAUCAUAGAGAACGGUGGACAGUAUUGUGAACGCGAUGGUUUCUUUGUGCAACAGGGAACAGAAUGUAGGAAAUACUACUUUUGCGUUAGCGGCGUACGGACGCAUCUAACCUGCCCUACAGGGCACACAUUUAAUGGCCAAGUCUGUGUGCUCAAAGAACAGUAUACCUGCCCCGGCUGAAUGUGAGCUAAUACAAGCUGACUUAAAGCUGACGCCGGAGACUCGGCGAGGACUACGGGAGAGAGAGAAUACUCGGGGAGUGCUUAAGACGUACCUGAUUUCAAAGGCUGAUCAUGUCAUUGACAUAUAAAACUAUUGUAUUUAAUAUUUAUUAUAUUAUAAUGGUUGUGAAAAAAUAUUCACAGCCUUAUCUUAUGUUACAUUCAGAGACGGUAGGCCUCAAAGUAAAAAAUACAAGUAAUUUAUUCAUCAUUUUAUUGGCAUAAAAACUUUAAGCGAUCUAUCUAUGUAGAUAUAUCAUAUACCUAAUAAUUACACAGUGACUUUUAUCUUACAGUGUUAAUUUACAAACACAAAUAAGCUCAGUGAAUAAAAAAAUAUUUAUCUUUUAAUAACAUAAAUGUAGUUUAUUUUUAAUAUAUCUUUUAUCCAAAACUUAUAUAACAAAACACAUAAUACAUAGCGUACCUACAUAUACAGUAUAAUAUCUGAAUUAUAAAUAUAGUACAAUAAUAUUAUAUAAAUUUCAAUAUAAACGACCAAACUACGAGUAAGACUAGUCCAAACUAAGAAUGUUUCAUUAAAAUUUAGAAAUAAAGAAAAAAAGUUUUAGGCGACAAUGUAAAAUGCGAUACAUACUAUGAUUAUAUUUAAUAUCAAAUAAAUGCUAUAAUUAUUAAA